UGAACAUUGAUAAAUGUAGAUGUACCGAGUUUCCGCGAAGAUAGCAAACCACUUUGACGUACCUCCAUUGCAUUUGCAUUGCAUCCACUUCACACCACCAUUUCUCUAACUCCAUCAAUCAAAUGGCUCCGGCAUGAGCCUUCUUCGCUUUCACCACCCUCUCACCAAACAUGGCACACCGUCUCUCUCUCGGUCUCUCCACACUCCGUACUCAUUCCCUCGCUAACCCACUUCGCCUACCACGUAUUCGACGAUAUUACCAUCGCAUCGAUAAAGCUCAUUCGCAUCGUAAAUCCUCGCACCCUUCUCUCUCACCCAAGCCCUAUCCCUCAUUUUCUUCUUCUUCUUCUUCCUCUCAUAAGCUUGGAUUCAUCGGUUGGUAUCUACGUAAGCUUGAAGCUCACCCUGUUCUAACCAAGAGCAUAACGACCUCGAUCAUUUUCGCCGCUUCUGACUUGACUUCACAGAUGAUUACAUUAGCCUCUUCGGCUUCUUUCGAUUUGAAAAGGACAUCCCGCAUGGCAAUUUAUGGAUUGCUAAUUUUAGGGCCAUCACAGCAUAUGUGGUUUAAUUUCCUGUCCAAAAUCUUACCAAAGACAGAUGUGCCAACAACCUUGAAGAAAAUCUUCUUGGGACAAGCUGUAUUCGGUCCAGUCAUCAAUUCCGUUUUCUUCUCUUAUAAUGGUGCAGUACAAGGUGAAAGUUGUGAUGAAAUUAUUGCUAGGUUGAAGCGAGAUUUACUUCCUACAUUAUUAGGUGGCGCUCUGUUUUGGCCUCCAUGUGAUUUUGUUACCUUCAAAUUCGUUCCAAUCCAUUUACAGCCACUGCUGAAUAGUUCCUGCGCUUAUGUGUGGACCAUCUAUUUAACAUAUAUGGCAAACCGAGCAAACUUGAGUUCUGCUUAGGCCCUGGUUUAUACACACGUAUAUCAUCAAGCAAUUUUUCAUUGCUUAACAUAUCUGGUAGCAAAGACGUGACUGGAUACGAAUUUUUUUGUAUUUUCAAGUUAAUAUAAGCUCAUUUGGAUACUGACCAAUGAGUACUUGUUGGAGCUUAUCUAGUCAAUUUUUAGUAGAGGUUCUCUAAUAAGUGUUCUUUGAUCUGUAUCUAAUCGGCUGAAUGUUUUGUAUCAAUAAGGUAAUUUUUUUUCACAAGGCUUCA